AAGGGCCGAGGAGCCAGGAAACCGGACAGUUUUCGUGACUUUCUCGGCUUCCAGCUCACCCCUGGCUACCGGUAUAAAAGAACGUCACUUUGCCUUCUGUACGGCUGUUAUCAAAAUAUGGCCGCCUCCGCAAAAGGCGCAGACAUAUUACCUCCAGAGGUCGCGUCGUAAAUCCAAUUGUUCGCGGUCCUUCAGAAGUUGCAGAUUCUCGCCGGCCGCCGUAGGCGCAAGUGGUUUCUAGGCAAGAGCUCGAGAAGUAGAACCCGUUAAUGGAAUUUUAUUGCACAGAUGUGGAAUAUGUUCUGAGUCACCAAAUAAAGAGACAGCAGUAUUGAAGGACUUGUGUUAAGGUGCUGACUCCCCAGCAGCAAAAGAAUGAAUUGAAGUAAGGAGGAAGAAGUUCCAGGAUUUAGGUAUUAUCAUUUCCGGAGACACCCUUCACCAGAGACUGAGAUAGCUGAAGAGAAAUUUAGAGCUGAUCUAAAAGACACAAAAGACAGAGCAUCCCAGUUUCUGGCCAUUUCCUGAAAACAAAAGAAAAUGGUGAAGACACAGGUAUCACUGGAAUUGGAUGAUGUGGCUGUGAAGUUCACUUGGGAAGAGUGGCAGCUCCUGAACCGUGCUCAGAAGGACCUGUACUGGGACGUGAUGUUGGAGAACUAUAACAACCUGGUGUCCUUGGGGUAUCAGGUUAGCAAACCAGAUGUGCUCUCCAGACUGGAACGAGGAGAACCACCAUGGAGUUUAGAAGACGAAAUCCAUAGUGGAAACUUUUCAGAACUCCAGAAAAUUAAUGAUCAUCUGUUGGGGCACAAGCAAAAUGAAAGCAAGGUGAAUAGAAUAGAACAAUGCUAUGAAGAUAAUGUAUUUGAAAAUACUGUUCAUCAGCACAACAGUCAUUUUGCUUUAAAGCAGGAUCAUAGUGUGUUUGACUUACACGGAAAAACUGUGAGAUCAAUUUUAACAUUAAUCAGUCAGCGCCAAAGAUAUGAAGUAAAGAACUCCAUUAAGUUUGAUAGAGGUAAGGAAAUCUUUCUCCAUGCCAACUAUGGGCAAUUUCAUACCGAAUUUAAAUACUGUGAGAGUCGAAAAUCCAAGAACAUGAAGUCACAACUCACUGAGUACCAUAAAACUGACAAGAUAGAGAAACCACAUAUAUGUAGUGAAUGUGGGAAAGCCUUCUUCUGGAAGUCUGUGCUCAUGAAUCAUCAGAUGAUUCAUACAGGAGAGAAACCCCAUAGAUGCAACCUAUGUGGGAAGGUCUUCUCUAAAAAGUACAUGCUUACUGAACAUCAGAGGAUUCACACACUAGAAAAAUCUUACAAAAGCAUGGAAUGUGGCAAAGCACUUAGCAUGAAAUCAGAGCUCAAUAUGCAUCGGAAAACUCAUAAAGUAGAGAAACCCCAUAGAUGCAGUGUAUGUGGGAAAGCCUUCUCCCGAAAGUUCAUGCUCACUACCCAUGAGAAAGCUCACACAGAAGAAAAACCUUAUGAAUGUACAGAAUGUGGCAAAGUGUUUGUCACGAAAUCAGGACUCAAUAUGCAUCAGAAAACUCACACAGGAGAGAAACCCUGUAUAUGCAAUGAAUGUGGAAAAUGCUUCACUCGCGAGUUAAGUCUCAUUGUUCAUCAGCGAACUCAUAGACAGUCUUCCUAUACAUGUGUAGACUGUGGUACAGUCUUUGUGAAGAAAUCAUGGCUUACUAUACAUCAGAAAACGCAUAAAGUAAGGAAAUACUUUCAGUGCAGUGAAUGUGGGAAAGCCUUCAACCAAAAGAAACAGCUACUUUUACAUAAAAGCGUUCAUACAGGAGAGAGACCCUAUGUAUGCAGUGAAUGUGGAAAAUGCUUCAUCCGUGAGUUAAGCCUCAUUGUUCAUCAGCGAACUCAUACUAGACAGAUAUCCUCCACAGGCACAGACUGUGGCAAAAUCCUUCUUAAAUCAUGGCUCAGUAUACAUCAGAAAACACAUAAACUAGAGAAAUCCUUUCAAUGCAGUGAAUGUGGGAAAGUCUUCUACCGAAAGAAACAACUAAAUUUACAUAAAAGAAUGCAUACAAGAAACAGACCCUGUGUCUGCAACGUGUGUGGAAAAACUUUUGACUCCACACUUGAACGUUUUAACCAUAAAUUAAUACACACACGAGAGAAACGUGUAACUUCAGGCAAUUUGGAAGACCCUUCAGUGAGUCGCAGCUCGUCACAUACCAGUGAUCUCCUGCAGGACAAAAACCCUGUUAAUACGGUGACCCUGCAAAUGCCUUCUGCGGCAUCUCAGUCUUCAUUAAACACCAGUGGACUCCUAACAAAUAGGAAUAUAGUCCUUGUGGGACAACCUGUUUCCAGAUGUGAGCCCUCAGGAAGUAACAGAGAAUUUGUACAGGAAGGAAACCUUAUUAAUCCAGUGAAUGUGGUAGUGCCUUCAGUGAUCAAUUAUGUCUUAUUUUACGUCGCAGAAAAUGUUACUCUCCAGCUAAUCUAAUCAAAAGAUGUAUUACUUACAUUAGAUUAAUUAUAUUAGGGGUUUAGUUAGAUUUUUAGAAGUUAGAAAAUCUUAAAAACUUCUUAUGAUAAUUUCUUUUUUGAAAAACCAGUGGUCAUCGUGUUGAUUUCAACUUAUGGUGAUCCUGUGUGUCAGAUUAGAAGUGUAUUCCAAAGAGUUUCCAUAGCUGCUUUUUGGAAGUAGAUUGCGAGAUCUUUCCUCUGAGGAAUUCGUGGACUUGAACCUCCAACCUUUUGAUUAGCUCCUGAACAUUUUUGCUGUUUCUUCCACAUGUAGACUUCUGGGGUAAUGACUCCUUUUAAUGGUAUUUAAACAUCCUAGGAAACAAAUAUAUAUUUUUUUAAUGCCCAUAUCUUACCUCAUUGGGUAGAUUAUAAAUUCCUUGAUAGUUCUUGUGACUAAAAUUUUAAAGUUAAAUUAUAAACAAAAUUAAAAAUUCAUUUUCUUAUGGCAGUAACCAUAUUUGAAAUGUUCAGUACCCAUAUGUGACUCUUGCCUACCAGUGUGGACAGCACAAUGACUGAUAUGUGUAUACUGAGAGAAAUGGCCAUCAUUUCUGUCAUUCCAGGUGGUUAUAUUGGAGAGCACUGGUUUACAUCUUUUUGUAUUUCCUAGCACACAGAAAAAUAACUAAUAUUUUGAUUUGAAUAGUGAAUGAGUAAACCAAUAAAUUAAGAGUGUUUUGUCAUUGAAAUGAAUGAGUCCUUGGAGGGUAGUUUACAGAAUUGUCGCCCAGAAACUUUUUUAUAGAGGCACAAAAUAGCAGUUCUGCAACUUCUUUAAUAUAUACUAGGGUUAAAGAGAUAAGUAAAUCAAUUUUAGAUAAUGGUAGCGGUUUUUUCACUCUCAGGAAAAGAAACUACAACUAAUGGAGAAAGGUAUAAUGCACCCUAUGGUGCUGGGUUAGAGUUGAAUAUAACAAUGUAAACUCAUAUUUACUUUGAUAUGUUUAUUAUUAGGUAAAUACAGAUGUAAGUAUACGUGGGUUAAUAGCUAUGUUCACAGCACCUGACGCAGUGAUUCCCCCCGCCCCCCGCCCCGGGGCAGUGAGCACACCCCAGUCCACAUCUUUGUUUUUAAAUACUAUUCUGUAAAAAGAACCAGGGCUCUUUAGAGAAAUGAUUGAUUUUAGGGCUGGAACAGGUGAAGUACAAGAUGAGUCUUGAACAUCUUGAAAUGACAGAAAAUAAAGAAUUGCUUAAAAAAUAAAAGAAUGGAGGCAUGCCAAAGGGAGACAGGUGCCAACCUGAAGUAGCACUCAACAGCUAAAGCUGGAACCAUUUCACUAAUGAAAUAAUGAUGCUAUUGGAUUAUAUUCCAAAUAUACGUGAAGGAGGCAGUUUGAGCACAACCUGCUGGCUUUCCCUGUGAGCUACAAGUGAACCUUAUGCUUAGCACCGAAAGAAUCUGCUUCUUUGGAUGGGAUGAGCGUGUGGGCUGACUGCCUUACCUAGGGAUCUUGAGAUAACACACAUCCUAUAGCAGAUGGUGGCUUAUCAGCAUAUCAUCCGCUCUUGUCCUGAACAUGUCAACAUUCCCGUGAAUUGCUUAGCUAAAUAUGCAUUAGAUAGCACCUGACCAACCCAGUUUCUGUAUCUUUUUCUGUCAAGGAGGGAAGGAGGUCCGUGUUCUGUGGCACAAGAAGGUUGUGUGCAGGCCCUCAUCCCUGCACCAGCAGCUGUAGGGAGUGACCCACUGACCAUGGCAAACAGAGGUCCGUUAUUGAAGGUGACCUUGCUCUGUCUCUGUGGUUGAGUAAAGCACUGUUUCAUCCAGUAUCUAUGUGUAAGUCACGUCUUGGUGAUCCUGACACAUCCAACUAUAGAGUGAGUUAGCUAUCGUCCAUGUGAUGGGAGUUCUCCCCUGGAGGUGGUAACAGCUGUCACUUGCUGAACAGUAUAAAAUAAAUAUCCAUAAUCUAUACUGAUAUAAAAGAAAAUUAAAUGACUACAUCAAUGAGAAAGGGAUAAGUGUUCUUUAGGGAUAGGUCAAGUUUAUAUACGUAGAUACACCCUACCCAGCGAGAGGCAGAACUGAGUGCCUGCCUUUGAGUGAAGACUACUUUGUGAGUCGCUUUCCAAAGAAUAGAGUAUGAAAUGGUAAAAAUAGUAAAUUAACUAUGGGGAAAACUGUCAAACCCUAUCUUAACCAAGAUAUCAAUGUUAAAUCAUUUUGAUACUAUGUACCUCUAGAUAUGAGGUGAUGAGAAGCGCACUUCAACUCAGGUGUUCUUUUCAAAAUUGCAUAACCCUAGUCUAAUGAGGAAAGUCAUCGUCAUCACUUUCCUCAUGGAAAGCUAAUGAUCAAAGACCAGAAGAGUUGUGGAAUGACAUCAAGGACACCAUACAUGCAGAACGCAAGAGAGCAUUAAAAAGACA